CAUUCAUAAAAUAAUACAUUAACUUAAAUUUAACAUUCAUUGAUUAAUAUUUAAGUAAUUCGUCCUUAACGUUGAAAAAAUAAUUUAAUGUGUUUUCAGCGGUUCUAUGUUAUUUUACCACUGCUUAUUCAUUUUGUUGAGCUACAGUGGUUAGGUGAAAGAUAUUGGAAUGAUCGCUAUGGAACUGAUGCCAAUUUUGUUAGUUAUGCGGGUAACUGGCGUGGACUUUGGAGUGAUGCACCGGACUUUCAAGGAUAUGCUCGUCCAAAAAGAAACCCAGAUGGAAAGUGUGUUUGGGACGUUAUGUUAAAUAUAGUAAAAUGUAAUACAAGAAGCAAAAAUUAUUUCUUUUCUCCAGAAAAUAAUGCUGUCAAUACAAGUUUUGUUAGCAUCAAUGAAACUACUUUUCCUUCAGAUGCAAUAACAAUAGAAAUUCAGUAUUCAAAGCUCUGGUAUAUUGCUCCAAAAACCUUUUGGAAUUUUAAAGAUCUCACAAAUUUAAUAAUUGUUGGCAGUAAGUUAAUUGAAAUUCCUGACUUGAGCCGCUGUGAAAAACUUGAAAAACUCGAUUUGUAUGGCAAUGAAAUUCAAGUCUUUUUUCAUAAUUACACACGUUUGCCAAAAAGUCUUGUAGAAAUAAAUCUUAUCAAAAACAAAAUAUACAAGUUUCCGAGAGGCUUCUUUGAUUUACCCAAGCUGAAAUACCUUGGUUUAGGAGAAAACUUAAUGAAGUACUUUCCCACUGAUGCCAUUACUCAAGUUGAUUUAUCUGAAUUACUAUACAUAGGUGUUGAUAGAAAUCAAAUUGCAAGUCUAAAUCAAAUUGAUAUUUUAGCAAUGGCAAAACUGCCAAAAUUGCAGCAUUUAGAGCUUCAUAAUAAUUUAAUAUCAUCUCUUCAAAAUUAUGUCUUGUGGAACAUAACAAAACUAGUACAUCUUGACCUUCAUAAAAACCAAAUUAGAGAAUUAAAUUCUCGAUUUAUUACAAGCUGUAAAGAUCUCAAAGUUUUGAUUCUUCACAGUCAAAAAGUUAAAAUGGAGGUUGUACGUUUUGAUUCAAUUUCUGAUCUUCCUUCAUUAACUGAGUUAUGGUUAGGUAGUAACUCGUUGACACGAUUUCCACAUCCAUUAUUAUUUGAAGAUUUUUUUCCAAAAUUACAAAAAUUGUAUCUUGAUGGCAACCAAAUAAAUUCUCUUAAUGAUUAUUAUAAAGAAGAUUUUACAUCUACAGCACAAGUUUACUAUUUAUUAAAAAGAAAAGAUUUUCAACCAUUCAAAAAGACACCUGCCAUAACACAUUUAUACAUGAAGUUCAAUCGUUUAAAAGCAAUAGAUGAAAAAGACUUACAAUUAUGUCGUAACCUUAUUUAUCUGGAUGUUAGUUUUAAUUAUCUUCAAGAAUCAUCAAUUCAUGAAAAGGCUUUUAUUAACACUUCUUUAAAUGAAUUGUAUUUAGAUAGCCAAAAUGAGCCUGGAAUACAGUACAUUCCAAAAGCAGUCAACAAGAAUAAUGCACCAUUUUUGACAACAUUAAAUUUGCCUGGCAAUAAAAUUACCUACAUUUUGAAUGGAACAUUUAAAGACCUGAGUACAAUUGACUUACGCAGUAAUAGUAUUGUUGCAAUUGAAGAUGGUUCAUUUUCUGGCAACAUAAAAAAAAUUGUUUUGGAUAACAACAUGUUUAAUUUCAAUCAUGGUAGACAAUUUGCUUUCUUAAGUCAACUUGAUUAUUUAUCUUUAUCAGCAAACAAAAUUGAUAAAAUACCAGACGAUGCUUUUUUGGGAUUAAAAGCUUUAAGUACUCUAAACCUACAAAAUAAUGGAAUUGGUAGAUUAAUGAAAAGUCAUUUUCAAGAUACAAGUUCUCUUAAACUUUUGAAUAUAAGUAACAAUGAAAUUGCUUUUAUUGAAGAUGGAACUUUUUCUUCAAUCAAAGUAGAAAUGUUAAUUGAUUUGGAAGGCAACAAACUAACUAAAAUUCCAAUGACAGAUUUUUGGAAUAAAAAAAUUUCUAGAAUUAAUUUAAGAGGUAAUCAGUUGACAAAGAUUCAAUCAAAUGCCUUUGUUAACAUUUCAGGAGGACCUAACUCAGAAAUAAUUUUGCAUGGAAAUCGAAUUGAUAAAGUUGAAUCAUUUGGUUUCAACAAUGUUCAAUGUGAUUAUAUAAGACUUGGUGGAAAAGAUUUUCCAAACAGACUCAAAAUUUUAGAAGAAAAUGCUUAUUACAAUAUAGAUAUAUUCAAUGUCGAUUUGAGUUACACUCGAGUUACAGAUAUUCCUUAUAAUGCCAUCCAAGUGAAAAAACUUAGAGGAAACUUGUAUCUCAAUAAUGGUUUCCUAUCAACUCUUAGUAAAGGCGCUCUCAAUAUUGGAAAUGUUGGUGGUGGUGAAAUAGACCUCAGUGUAACAAAAAUUAGAGAACUACGUUUUCAAAUAUUUACAGAAGGAACAUCUUUCAAUAAUUUGAAAUUAUUUUCUGCCGGGUUGGUUUCAAUUAGUGAUGACGCAUUUGUAGGUGCAGAGAUGUCAGGAACUUUAAGUUUGUAUUCUAAUGCUUUAACAAAUUUUCCUGCUAAGGCUUUAGCACCGCUUGCAGGUUUAUCUACUCUUUUAAUAUAUGGCAAUCAAAUUGAUGUUCUUCCUGUUGGUUGUCUUGAUGAUUUCACAAAAAUGACAGUUUUUAAAAUAGAAAACAAUAAGAUUAAAGUGCUAGAGAAGAACCUGUUUUACAACAAUUCCCAACUUGAUACCAUUAAUUUAUGGAACAACAAUUUGCGUAUUCUUGAAGAUGGUUUGUUUACCUUUCGAAAUCCUUCACCAAAGUUAAAAUCAUUUGAUGCUUCAGGUGGCGAAAACAAUAUUGAACAUCUUCCGAAAUUUACUCAGCUAUUGCCUCUUUUAACAGAUUUAAAGUUACGUGGUGUUGAAACAGUUGAACCCGAUGUCUUUGGAACAAAUUUACCUCUUUUGUUUAAUUUUCAAUUAAAUACACAAAAACUUCAAUGUGACUGCAAUUGGUAUUCAACUCUUAUGAACUUUUUAAAUAGAAAUGUUGCAAACCCAAAACCUGGUACUCCUAGAAUACCUAUUGAUGCUACUUGCAUCGCACCAGCAAAAUUGAAUAAAAACCCAACUAACUCCAAAUCAGAUAUUGAACCUUUAAAAGAACAUUUUAUUUGCAAUCCAACUGAAAUCAAUGCUACAGCACCUCAAGAUUUUACCAUACAAAUCAACUAUAAAAAACCAGCAAGGCUGCAUGCUGGUGGUAAAUCCAUCUCGGAUGCAGAGAGAAUUUACUAUGAAGCAACUUGCUUUUUAACUGAUGAUAUUAAUAUUCCUUGGAUAUCUGGUUCAGUUGAAAACAAAGAAGAGAUUAUAAUAUCAGGAGAAAAUGUUUUACCAGGGCGUACAUAUAAAUGUUCUGUAACUAUGACAUAUACUCUGAAUAAAUCUAAUACCACAAGUGCUCGUACCAGAAAUGUGGAAGUAUCAACCAGAGAGAGUAAAGGUAAAGCUUCAUUGUGCUCAAAAGGUGAAAAGUAUGAGUGUGAUAGAUUAAAGAUCUUUAAAGAUAAAUGUCAAGUAGAUGGUUGUGAUGUUUCUGCUUCCAAUGCUCUUGAAACUAGAACCUGUACUCUUGAUGGUUGUUGUUUUAAAUGCUACACUCAGUGUGAAAAAUGCAAUACAACUGUUGUUGGAACAAAGGAAAUAGACGUUAUUUACUAUGAUUUCUCGAAAACUGAGCCUGCUUUCAGUGCACCAAGUUAUGAAAAAAAUACUUGCUGUCCCACUUAUGUGAACAGUCCUUUUGAAAGUUGGUUAAAAAAUAGAGAUUCAAAAGAAAGUAUAGCUAUACAAAACUGGUUUACUUCGGCAUACGAAGGAAGUAGAAAAAUAUUUGGAAAAAUCACAUUGUUAUCUGAAAUAACUAGUAUUGAUAAAGAAACAGGAAAAAACUUUUAUCUAUUUUGGGAUGACAACUAUUGGCCUGUAAAUGAUCGAGGAUUUUCUGCUCAGGGACAAAAAGAUUGUUAUGGCAAAGAACUUGUAAACAAAGGCUUUACCAGUGCUAUAAGAAUUGGCUUAUUGUACUCUGAAGGUGAGCAGUUUCAGUUUGGUGGAGGAGAAGAUCUUUGGGUUUACAUAAACAAAGUUUUGGUUUUAAGUGUAUUAGCAGAUAAUGCAGAUAUUUCAAAAAAUCCAUAUGAUGUCAAGUGCAAAACUUUUGAACUUAAAAAUCUUACAAGUGGAGGAUACAUUGUACCUAGUGAAGGAAAAGUAGAUAAACUUUCAAAAACUUGUACAAACUUAACAGUAUUGAAAAGCGAAUCAGUUUAUCUAAAUCUUCAAAUUGGUGUUAUAUACAGUUUUGAAGUGUUUCAUGUUGAGCGAUUUUCAUGUAAAUCACAAUUUUUCUUUUAUUACAGUGGUGCUACAUUUAAAGCAAAAUCUGAUGUUAUUGAUUACUUAGCCUUCCCUAAAGAAGAUGAUCAGGUUAACAGUAUUAUUGCAGAUGUCUUAGUUUCAGAUGAUUAUGAUUCAUCAGGUUAUCCUUACCAAAUUUCUAUAGUAUCAGGCAAUGAGGAAGGCAAGUUUAUAUUCAAAAAAAACAACACACAGGCAAACAUUGAUGCUCAGUCUAAACCCCCUCCAAGAAUUUAUCCCAAUGUUACUCUUCAUGGUGAAUCUAUAAUUAUUUGUCCAAAUGUAACUCAAGUUAAUGGAACAUCUAACUCUUCUAGCACAACACCUUUAGUUAACAAUAUUGAUCAAAAACAAAUGACAAAUAUUUUAGAGCGGUCAGUGUUAUUGACCAUUUACAGAAAUCUAGACUAUGAGACUACAAAGGAAUACACUUUAUUGUUAUCUAUACAAGAUAAAAAGGGAAGAAAAGGAAAUGUUACAGUUAAAAUCUUUGUGGUUGAUCAAAGUGAUAAUUGCCCUAUCAUUUUUCCAAAAUAUGAACUGGUGGAGUAUAAUCCAAUACCUCCUCUAAAUCCUUUUCUUUCAUUGUUUAUGGUAGAAGCUUCAGAUUUGGAUAGUGGCGAAAAUGGGAGAAUCACUUUUGUUGUUAGUGAGAUACGGGAGAAAAUACCAACAAUUGAAGCAAAAGAGUUUCUUGUAGAAAACAAUACAGUUUGGGUGAAUACAACUAUAAAAUGGCGCAUUUCUGUAGAUAUAUUUGCUGUUGAUAAUGGUGAUCCACGUCGAGGGGACUUUUUCCGUAUUUUUUUAAGUUAUGAUCCCAGUUGUGACAAAACUGGUAAAGUAACAGUGAAUGAAACUACUGGUUAUGUUCGUUUUAUAGCACCAAAUAUGACAAUAUAUAACAAAGAGAAAAAAAGAUAUGGAAUUGAAAAGUGUUAUGAGUGUACUGCGGGUUACUUUUGUCCUGGUGAUGGAAGCGAAAAACCAUGUGUUCAAAAUGAAGAAACAAAACAUUUCUUUUCUUAUGGUUAUGCUUCAGAAUGCUCUUUAUGUCCAAAAGGCCAUCUCUGUCAUAAUGGAAUAAUUACAAAAUGUCCUGAAAAUACAUAUGUGGAGUGCAAUACAACAUGGUGCCCAACUGAAUGCUUAGAAUGCCCACCAGGUUUUUAUUGCUUUGAAGGAGUCAAAGAAAUAUGCAAACCAGGAACAUUUAGUAAUGGCAAAGGGUUUUGCCAGCUGUGUCCACCAGGUCAGUUCACAAAUAUCAGUGGCGCUGACCAAUGUCAAUGUUGUGGCAGAGGAAAAGAAAGUACAAGUAUGAAACAAGGCUGUCAAGGUUGCCAACCUCAUGAGUAUUCAACAGGGAACUGUUCUAUUUGCUCAUCGUGUCGACUCCUCGGUUCAUGUGCAUGUGAAAGUAAUCCAUGUUUUGAAGGUGUAAGCUGUCAUAAUUUUGUAAAUGAGGAAGGUUUCCCAGAUUUUUAUUGUGGUUUGUGCCCUAAAGGUUUUGAUAAAGAUGAUAAAAAUGGAUGCAUUGAUAUAAAUGAGUGCAUUAUAAACCCUUGUUCAAACUACACCAAAUGUGUUAACAUGGUGCCUGGUUACAGAUGUACAGGUUGUCCACCAGGAUACAAUGGUACAACAUCAGCUGGAGUUGGCUUAGAACAUGCUGAAAAUAAUAAACAAAUAUGCAAUGAUAUUGAUGAAUGUGCUCUUGGUACCAAUAUAUGUGAUGAAAACUCUAUAUGCACUAACACAUUAGGCAGCUAUUUUUGUGGAAAAUGUAAUCCAGGAUUUGUUGGGAACGGAUAUAUUGGCUGCAAGCCAGGAAAUUAUUGUGCUUCUAACAAAACCAAUAACUGCAAUCUUGUAAAUGGCACAUGCAUACCACUUGGAUCCAAGCUCUUUUACUGCAAGUGUAAUGAUGGUUUUGCGGGAGAUGGUAUUGUUUGUGAUGUAGAUCAUGAUUAUGAUGGUGUUACUACAUAUGGUGCAGCGUGUACCUCAUUUGCUUGCAAGGAAGAUAAUUGUGAAUAUACACCUAAUGGAGGACAAGAAGAUAUUGAUUCAGAUACAUUAGGAGAUGUUUGUGAUGAUGAUGACGACAAUGAUAAUAUUAAAGACAUAAAUGAUAACUGUCAAUUUUAUAAUAACAUCAGAAAUCAGAGUGAUAGUGACGGAGAUGGAAUAGGAGAUGUUUGUGAUAAUUGUCCUAGUAUUAAAAAUGAAGAUCAGACUGAUACUGAUAAUGAUAAAAUAGGUGAUGCAUGUGAUGAUGAUAUUGAUGGUGAUGGUAUUAUUAACAGUAUGGAUAACUGCAAAAAUAUUAACAGCAUUAAUCAAUCCGAUAGUGAUAAAGAUGGUGUAGGUGAUUUAUGUGACAAUUGUUAUAAGCACAGAAAUCCAGAUCAAAUCGAUAGUGAUUUAAAUGGUUUUGGAGAUCAAUGUGAUGUACCGUACUUAGAUUUUGAUGGUGAUAGCAUAAUCAAUGACUAUGAUAACUGUAUUUAUUUGCCUAAUGCAGACCAAGGAGAUACUGAUCAAGAUGGAAUAGGAGAUUUUUGUGAUGAAGAUAAAGAUGGCGACAGUGUUUUGGAUCAAUUGGAUAAUUGUAUUUAUGUAAAGAACGAACUACAGGAGCACAGUAACCACUACAAUAUGGAUUUUAAACCUAUUGGUGAUGCAUGUUUUAAAGAUUUUGAUGGAGACAAAGUUUUAGAUCAGUUUGAUGAUUGCCCAAAUGCUGUAAAUAUUCAAAAAUCAUCAUUUUUAACAUAUGAUUUGGUGGAUCUUGCACCAAAAGACUCAUCGGAACCUCGUCCUAAAUGGAGAAUUCGAAAUAAGGGAAGAGAUAUAGAGCAGUUACAAAAGACAUAUAGACCUUCAAUACUUAUUGGUAAACAACGAUACAGCGAAGUUGAGUUUUCUGGAGUCUUACAUGUCAAUAGCGAUGAAGGGAUUGAUUAUUUUGGACUUGUUGUUGGUUAUCAAAGUAUAAAUAGAUUUCUUGUAGUAUUGUGGCGUCAUGAAAAUAUCAAUUUUCAAAAUGAAACAUACAAAGCUGGAAUUAAAGGAAUACAGAUUAAAAAGGUUAAUAAAAUUGGAACCAGUCCUUUAACAGAUGCAUUUGUUAACGCUCUGUGGUACUCAGGAGACUCAGAUGGUGUUACAGUUUUAUGGCAAGAUCCUAAAAUGGUUGGUUGGGAACAUCGUCAAUCAUAUAUAUUUAAAAUAGAAUUAAGACCUUCUCUUGGAAAAAUAAGGCUGCUAAUCAAGCAAGGUUCACUUGUAUUGGCAGAUUCGGGUUACAUUGAGGAAUCAUCAAUAAAUGGAGGAAAGUUAGGGGUUUAUACACAUGGCCAAUGGAAUACAGUGUGGUCAAAUCUUCAAGUAAGAUGCUUAGAAAGAAUGAACAAAGCAUUAUUUUUUAAUCAAAGUUGUGUUGUUUUACCAUCAUUUAGCAAGUUACAAAUUACAUCUAGUUUUACUAUUGGAAUAUGGUUGAAGAUUACAAAUAAUAAUUCUACUCAACCAAUUAUUUGUAGCCAAGUCUUUUGUUUGUAUCUUCAGAACAGAUUUCUAAAAUUCAGCUUAAGUUUGGUAAUAACUGAAGCUAAUGUUCCAUUAUUGGAUGACAAAUGGCAGUAUAUCAUAAUUCAAUAUGAUUCUUUUAAUCAAAACAUUCAAAUUUUUGUGGAUGGAGCGUUAUACGCAUUGCGCACUGAAGUACCUAUACAAAAAUUUGAGGCAGACGAGGUUAAAGAAGCACCAAUUUACCUUGGUUGUUAUUUAAAUGAAUAUUUUGUAGGAACUAUGGACGAAAUUUUAAUCUGGAAUAUUUUUGUGGAGCGAGACGAAUUCAUAAAAAUUACCACUAAAUGGCCAGAACAUCAACGUCGAAUUGCGGCUCACUACACUAUUGAUCAAACUCCAAGUGUUACGUUGUUUGAUUCGAGUGAAUAUGAAAACAAUGCGAUUGUAAAUAACACUUUGUGGGUUGAGAGUACUAUUGACUACGCUCGUUACUUUUUAUCUCAAAAACCAAAAACCUUUUUGCGUGAUGAAUUAUAGGUUAAAAGGUUCCUCCUUGUAUAAAACCUAAAGAAGAUAUAUCUUUAGGUUUUACCUAAAGAAGCGUGCUAAUUUGAAGCAAGAAUCUAACUAGUUGGUUGCAUCAUAAGUUUACGUUGAAUAAUUUACUUUGGCUGUUUACCGUUUUUAUACAUUUUUAACAGCGUUUAGCUGCGAGUAAAACAUUUUUAUUAUUUAUUCUUGUUAUAAAUAGUUUUAUUGUUUUUAUUUAUUGGUUUCAAAUCAAUAAACUUUGAAAUAUAAAGUUUAUAUAUUGGACUAAUUAAAGGUAAAUGUAUUGUCAUUUA